AUGAGUUAAUAAAAUGUGUAAGAAAAUAAAUUUCCUGUAAGAUUUAAUUUGGAUUAGCAGCAAAAAAGUUAGAUUGUGAAUGAUAUUUUAUUUACAUUUGACGAAGACGAUGAGGUGGACAAUAACUUAAAAGGUCACACUAAAAAACUAAGUUCAUUAGUUAUCUAAUAAUCACCAAAAUCUACUAAUGAAAUUAAAGAUUAACAAAACUCUACUCAAUCUUCUUAGGGGAAAAAUUAGUAAAUUUUAUUUUUUAACACACCUACAAGUUCUACAAAGCAAGCCUCCAAUCAGAUAAGAAGAUCCUCUCUAAAGGCUCACUCCAAGUUUUUUCACAAUUAAGCUGAAAAGGAUUUCUUUUUAGAGAUUAAAAAAAAGGAUAAGGAUUCCUCUCGUACAUCCUCAAAAGAAUCUUUUUCUGAUAUUUCUGAAUCGAGUGAGGAAGAUUAAGAUGAAAGCGAAGAACAGGAUUGUGAAAAUUCUCCAAUCAUGAACUUGAUGAAGAAGACAUUCAAGAUGACUUUCUCUGAAAAUAAUUAAGAUAAAUCAGAGCAAGAAGAAGAAGAUGAUGAAAUUUAAGAAGAAGUAUCUAAGAAUCCUAAUAAUAAGUAGUUAUUCAUGCAACAAACAAAGUAUGCAGUUGAAUAAAUAUUGAAAUAGAUAAAUGAAAAAGAGUAACACAAGAAUAUCAAUUAUACUUUUGACUACAUAGAUUUUAGCAGCUUAGUGUUUUUCUACUUUUAUUUGAUUUGGUCAAACGAUCUAGCUACGUUGAAGACGUUACAUUAAUACUGCUAAAAGCAAAUAUCUGAUCAACAAAUAUAGUGGGCAGGAAAUUAUAAAGCAUUCAAAAAUGCUUCUGAUUAUAGAGUGAAUCCUAAAGAAAAAAUGAAGGAGAUAUUAGAAGUUAAUUCAGUAGAAGAUGGACUUCUUAAAAUAUUAGUUUAAUCAUAUUUCUUUUUGUUCAGACAAAACAUAUUCGAGUCUAGCAUUUAUUACAAAUACUUUCAUGAAUUUUAUUAGCUAUCUAAUUAUUUGCAGUUUUAGUCAAAUGAAAAGUUUGAAUUCUACAUUGGCAAAGGAAUUUUCGAGUUGUGCUUGCAAAUCAAAGAUGAAAAAUACAUUCAAAUAUUUCUAAAAAAUAACUAUUAUUUAGAGUUAGAUUUUUCAAAAGAAAAAUAUUAAUAUAUAAAGGCAUGCUAAUAUACAUAAGAUGACCAAUAAAAGCCUAAAUUAAAUGCUUUUGUCUUGAUUUAUUACUUUAGUGUUGAAAAUCUUAAUCCAAAUUUAAUAGAGAUUGUGCUCAGACAUGUUGAAGAUAGCCAAGCUCUCAAAUAUAUUUUUCAGCAUUUAGUGACUUAUCAUUUGAAUUAGUUUGCUAAGAAUAUUCUGUAGAAAAUCAUUGCUUAAAAACAGGAUGAUGAAAAAGAAAUCAUAAAUCUGUGUUUAACAACUUACAAUUUUAACAUAUUAUUUUAAUAUUAUAAAUUGACUCAGAACAAAAUAAAAGGUUGGAUAGAAGAAACAGAAAAUUAAACGAUUAUGAUUAAAGCGUUGUCCCGUUGUUCAGGAUAUAAUUUUUAAUCUCUAUUAUUCUUUAUAAAAAAAAUACAGCUAUGGAGCUAAAAAGACCUUAUAAACUUGAUGGCUCAUGCCUUAUCAAGAAGACUUGAGGCUUCGAAAAAUGAUUAAAACUUUUUAUUUUCGUUUUAAAAUCCUCUUAAAAUAAUUGUUCUGAUAAUAGAAAUUCUUUAAAUCACACUAUAAAAUGAGUUCUUCCAUAAAAAUAUCUUAGAAAAAACCAGAAAGAAGUACACUCAAUUUGCAGAAAUACUUAUCAAAAAUGAUAUAGAUGAAGAAUCAAUAUUUAGUAUUUUAGUAGAUUGGGAUCUAGUAGGAAGAAAACUGCUGUAUAUCAUUUAUGAAAACUCUAUAAGUGAAUUGAUUGCAACUGAUAAAGUCUAAGAAGUAAUUGACAUAUUGUGGUAUGGAAGCACAAACAAUUCAUUGAAUUAAAUGAAUUUUUGUUCGAUCGGAUAGAAUUUAACUGGUUCUACUUUACAAAAGUAGAUUGCUGAUUAAAAUAGCAAGUUUAUAGAUUAUCCUUUCAAUAGAGAAUACUAAAGCGAAGAUUUCAUAGCAAGAUUAAGUGUGUGGAAAAAACAAAUAUAAUUUCGUAAUUUCAUCGAUUAGGCUCUUAAUAUUAUUUUCAUGAUUUGCUUUUUAGCUUAUUUUUUGCAAAGUUUUGAGAUAUACACUGAAGGCUUCAUGCCAGUUAAUAGUGAUGUUUAAAUAGUUGAAAACACAAUAAAUAAAAUGCAAAUUAACAUGUCUAAGUGGAUCUAUGUCAACAUAUUUGUAGGUAUAAAUCUUCCAUUAAAUGCAAUUGUUGAUUUAAUAUAUCACUAAGAAUUCGAGUAAAGUGUAAGCUUUGAUUCUGGUCAGAUCUUUGAUUUGCUAUUUGCUUUAAUUACUAACUUAUACACUAUCUUUGUUUAUACUAUGCAUUAUUAUCAGUAUGAUAGUGUACAAUUUUUUAUGAUUCUCUUUCUUAACAUUCUCACUGUCUUCUGUUAUCUCAAAUUUAUUUUCUGUCUAACCGCUACCAAAUCUUUUGGUAUUAUUAUACAAGCACUAGGAGUUAUUUUUAAAGAAGUUGCUAAAUUCUUUGUACCUUUUGUAGCUAUUUUUAUUAUCUUCACUUUUGUAGGGUAUAUCUUAUUUAACUAAAUAGAUAGUGGAAGAUUUGAAAGUUUCGUUUUGUCUCUAUAUUAUUUGGUUGAAGCUAUGUUUGGUUAAUUUACUUUUUCAGCUUAUUAAGGGCAGUAUUCCAUUUCAGGAAGGAUUUUUAUGUGUCUUCAUAUGUACUCUCUAAAUAUUAUUUUGAUGAACGUUCUCGUAGCUAUCUUGGCUUUCAACUUCGAAAAGAUAAAUAGAUAAGCCAGAACUUUACAUUAUCAGCAUAUUAUUUCUCAUGUUAGGCAAGGAAAUUACAUUUAAAAGCACGGAUGUCUCAUACUUGUGCCAAUACUCAUUGAAUUUACUAUUAUUCCUUAUUUGAUCAUCAAAAAAUUCUUUCACCAUGAAUCAAAUUUCAUUAAAAAAUGCUAAAAUUUCUAUAUUUAUCUCUCUUACAGUCCUGUUUUUGCCAUAACUCUUCUCUUUACAAUAACAAUUAAUUUGAUUUUGCUACCAUUUGCUUAUUUGUAAAGAAUCUUUUAGCUAACAAAACUCUACUUUUAUGGUUAUAUUAAAAUUUACAAACUUCUUAUUUGGAUUCUCAUAGGCGUUUUUUACCUUCUUAAAAGACUCUUUUAUGAUGACAUGAAAGAAUUAUGCUCUUAUUUGCUUUCUCAAAAAAGCUAAGCUGAUAAUGUAAGCUAAAACUAGAAGAAAAUGAUGUCUGAUUAAUUGAUGAGAGAGAUUUUUAAAACUGUAUACAAGAUUUACAUGAAUGGAAGAAUAUAUUGCACUAUUAGUGAACUUUUUUUAGAAAUAAAGGAAGAUUUAAUUAAGAAAAGUGAAUCUCCUUUUGAUUUUUGCUUAGGAGAAGAAAAAUUAGUGGGUGUUCAUUUAAUUGAUAACAAAAAAAACAACAGACAAAGUUUUAGUAUAACUUCAUAGAGUAUUGAAAGAAUAAAAGGAAUGAGGAGAGGAUCAACUCCUUUGCAGAUCUAUAUGUUAUAAAAAUAAAAUAGUAGAAAUUUUAUGUAAAAUAUUGACUAAAUCAAUGUGAAGCAUACUUUCUAGGGUAUCCCUCAAAUGGAAGAAGAUUGUGAAUAAAUUUAUGAAUAUUUUGAGAGAUUUUGCUUCAAAGACAUAGCAAGAGGAGAUGAAAAAAGAGAUUUUGUUUUGAACUUAAAAAACCUGCUAAAGUUGCAUGAAAAUUACUUAACAAGCAAGCUGAAUUUUGUAAUCCACUUUUAAUUAUACAAGACUAUUAAAUAAUAGUUUUAAUGA